AUGGCGAAAAUUACUCAAUUGAAGGAACAGCUGCGAAAAGCGCUGGAGUGUCCAGUCUGCUCAGACACCAUGGAAAGGACGACGGUGCGUAUGUGCCCAAAUGGGCACGCUUUCUGCAACGAUUGUAGAGCAAAAAUGCUACAAUGUCCCAUAUGUAGAAAUCCAAAUAUAAAUGGCCGAUGCAUCAUUCUGGAGGAUAUUGCAAAUUUCAUUCAUUCACCCCCACUGCCAGUGAAUGUGUCUUGUCAGACUAGUUUUGUACAAAGUCUUCAGGGUGGUUGUUCACGAGGAGAGAUGCUUCCGGUUGUUGGACAGCCUAUAGAGAAUGAUGGCCAGGUUUCAGCAAUGCGUACUACAGCGCACUCAUCAGCACGUCGAUCUCUAAGGGGUCUGGAAGCGCGCGUGGUACUCUCCAGAGCACGUCCCAGCAGGCAAACGCUGGAGCCCGAUUUCCAUGCUACAACUCGUCGUUUUGUGAGACAACCAGUGGAGCGUAAUGCAACAGCUGCGUCUGGCCGUUUAGUAAGGACACGUGCGGAGCGUAAUCCACCAGCUACGUCCGGCCGUUCACCAAGGGCACGAGUGGAGCGUAAUCCCCCAGCUUCGUCUGGCCGUUCACCGAGGGCACGAGUGGAGCGUAAUCCCCCAGCUUCGUCUGGCCGUUCACCGAGGGCACGAGUGGAGCGUAAUCCCCCAGCUUCGUCCGGCCGUUCACCGAGGGCACGAGUGGAGCGUAAUCCCCCAGCUUCGUCCGGCCGUUCACAAAGGGCACAAGUGGAGCGCAAUUCUCAUUCUGUAACUCGCCGUUCGGUGAGGCCACCAGUGGAGCGGUAUUCUCCAGCUACGGUAAGGUCACGAGUGGAGCACAGUUCCCAAACUACGUCUCGCCGGUCAGCAAGGCCAACAGUUCGUGUAGGAAGAGGUAAUGGGACUGUCACAUCCGGUUCGACCAUCCGAUCGACGGUGCCAGAAGCGCAACCGGUUACAGCGUCUAGUAGUUCUGAAAGUACUCCUGGCGGCCUGGUAGCAACGGAACCUCCCGUUACGACUUCUAACACGGGACUUCGUCUUAAUGCACAUUCUGCAGUGAGAACCCAACGGGGAACUCCGCGACGGUCGUCCAGGCUACUUGAUGUCCAGGUUCCACGGCUACCUCGUCGUUCUGCGAGACAUGCGUCUGCCGUUAUCGCUGAACUGUACUCGCAGGGGUUUGUGUAA